AUGGCUGACGAUAAAGUGAGUCCCGAGCCACAGCCUGCUAGGCCCACAUUAUCCCGGUCAGCGACGACGUUGACUGCCCGCGACGAGCUGCUGCAAGCCAAGAAGAACACCCUCCUCAAGUCGCACGGAAGGCCGCCAUGGUAUGGCGAAGACGGCUCCCCAAUCUCGGACGCAUUUGUCGUUGGCAUUGCUGGAGGAUCCGCCAGCGGCAAGACACAUGUAGCCCGUCGCAUCGUACAAGCACUGGGAUCUAUUCCGACUGUCAUUAUUUUAUCCCAAGAUAGCUUUUACAAGCGACAUACACCUGAGGAAAUCGAGCUAGCUAAUGCCAGUCGCUUCGAUUUUGAUCAUCCAGAUGCCAUCGACAUGCCACUCUUCGCAUCCUGUCUAUCCGAUUUAAGGGCUUGCCGGCAGACGAACAUACCCAUAUACUCCUUCACGGAACACCAACGUUUACGUGAAACCAAAUAUCUGUAUGGUGCCGCAAUCAUCAUAGCGGAAGGUAUCAUGGCUCUACAUGAUCCGGCACUAAGAGCGCUAUAUGACCUCAAGAUCUUUGUGCAAUGCGACUCAGAUCUGAUGCUUGCUCGACGGAUUCGUCGCGAUGUAAAGGAGCGAGGAAGAAGUGUAGAUGGUGUGCUCGAACAGUAUCUGCGAUAUGUGAAGCCAUCAUAUGACAACUUCGUCCAGCCGACGUCCCGCUAUGCCAACAUUAUUGUUCCAGGAUACGACAAUGCAGUUGCUACUGACAUCAUCGCUACCCACAUUCGCAGACAGCUAGACGGUCGUGCUACUCAACUCCGUCAACGUCUCGCUGGAGCUGGGCCCCGCGACUUGAUUCCGCAAGAUUGCACGCCAGACCCUGCUAAAGAAUACCUCAAUCUUACCAUACUAUCGCAUACGCCCCAGCUGCAGGGGAUAUUAACCAUCUUAAGAGAUCGCACUACUAACCGAGGAGACUUCAUAUUCUUUGUUGACCGGCUAGCCACCUUACUGGCUGAGAAAGCCAUGGAACACCUACCGUUCCGUCCCAAGACUGUAAUGACUCCCCUUGAGGUAGAAUCGCACGGAAACGAAUUAGAUACGGACUAUAUCUGUGGUGUGUCCAUUUUACGUUCAGGAGGCCCUUUGGAGCGCGGUCUGCGGAGAGUCGUCAGUGCCAUUCCGAUUGGGUCCAUGUUGAUCCAGUCGGAAGCUGCCACUGGCGAGCCUCUACUCUUUCACCUACAACUUCCCAUUUACAUCCGGCAUCGACAUCUCGCAGAGAAGAGCUGGGUAUUCGUGCUGGACGCACAAAUCGGAACAGGUGCUGCGGCGUUCAUGGCUAUCCGUGUUCUCCUCGAUCAUGGCGUUCCCCAAGAUCACAUCAUAUUCGUCGUGUUCCUGGUCGCGCGAUGCGGUGGAAUCUCCAUGUUGCAACGUGCAUUCCCCCAGGUGAAGUUCGUGUGCGGAGCCGUGGAUGACGGAUUACAAGAAAUGUGGUUGGAAGGCGUCGAGGAGGGCGACGGUCAGAUGGAGGCGGAAGGUCGCAAGGCCUGGGUGGUUGAACCCGGAAUGGGUCACAUAGGCGAUCGCUACUAUCUUUAG